AUGGGCUCCGACUCCAAGGAGCUGCUCGGGAUCGAGCCCCUCGAGCUCCGCUUCCCCUUCGAGUUCAUGAAGCAGAUCUCGUGCUCCAUGGAGCUCACCAACAAGACGGACGACUACCUCGCCUUCAAGGUCAAGACGACGAGUCCCAAGAAGUACUGCGUCCGGCCCAACAGCGGCAUUGUGCCGCCGCGGUCCACCAGCAGCGUCGUCGUGACAAUGCAGGCGCUGAAGCAGGCGCCGCCCGACAUGCAGUGCAAGGACAAGUUUCUCGUGCAGAGCGCUGUGGUGACGGAGGGAACUGCAGUCAAGGAUAUCACUGGAGAGAUGUUUAAAAAGGAAUCAGGUAAUGUGGUGGAUGAGGUGAGGCUCAAGGUUGUCUACGUGCAACCACCCCGACCACCAUCGCCUGUGCGGGAGGGAUCUGAAGAGGGUUCGUCGCCUCGGCCUUCAUGGUCAGAUGGGGCAAACAUAAAUUAUCAAGAUAUGCAGGCAACAAGGGAAUCUGAUGAGCCUCCAUUGUCCUCAGCGCACAAGGAACCAUCUGAGAUAACCACUGAGACGUCCCCGUUGAUUUCAAGAUUAACUGAAGAGAGAAACUCUGCUAUUCAGCAGAACAACAAGCUUCGUGAGGAACUGGACCUUGUGAGAAGGGAGAUCAGCAAGCAGAAUGGCAAUGGUGGUUUCCCGUUGGUGUUUGUGGUUGCCGUUGCUCUGCUGGGAAUUCUGCUGGGCUUAUCUCAUGAAAAGAUAGAGGAUCCCUGUGCCUGCGUCUUGUUAGGCUCCUGUCCUCAUCAAAAUGGAGCAGUGUUGUCAUCUCCAUUCUGA